AGUUUAUCAUCAUCUCUCCAUCAAAAUCUAAACAAAAACCUUUAAACUCAAUAUAUAAACCAUGAAGAGUCUCUCAUUUCUUGCUGUUCUAUCUAUCUUGGCUAUAACACUUUCCUUAACCAUUGCUUCAGACCCAAGCCCUCUUCAGGACUUCUGCGUCGCCAUCAACACUCCAGCUGAUGGUGUGUUUGUGAACGGAAAGUUCUGUAAGGACCCAAAGCUCGUCACUGAAGAGGACUUCUUUCGGGGAGGGCUCAACAAAGCAGGAACACCUAAUGCAAAAACUGGGUCUGUUGUGACACCCGUCAAUGUUAACCAGAUUCCAGGGUUAAACACCCUUGGAAUCUCUAUUGUCCGUAUUGAUUACGCAGUUAACGGACAGAACCCACCUCACACCCACCCACGCGCCUCGGAGAUUUUGUAUCUCGCACACGGAACCCUUCUAGUAGGGUUUGUCACGUCAAACCCCGAAAACCGCCUCAUAUCUAAAGUACUCAACGAGGGUGAUGUGUUUGUGUUUCCAGAGGGACUCGUUCAUUUCCAAGCGAACGUUGGGAAAUUUCCCGCGCUUGCUUUCGCUGGUUUAAGCAGCCAAAACCCCGGUGUCAUCACUAUUGCCGACACCGUGUUUGGGUCUAACCCAGCAAUAGACCCGAAUGUUCUUGCAAGGGCGUUCCAGUUGGAUGCUAGGACUGUCAUGGAUCUACAGACUAAGUUCAAAAAAUAAUAACAUUGUUUGUGCUUUUGAAUUGCUUUCAUUUUUAUGUACCUUUAUUUAAAUAAGGAUCUUGUAUUAUCCGCUAAUCAUAAUAUGUCAUGAUGUUCGUCAUUGCGUUUGUCUUAAUCAAGUUAUUAAUAAAAUAAUAUUUUUAUGUUUGGAAAGAUAAA